UUACAGUCUCAUCUUUAAAUACUUGAGUUGUGGAAAAACAAGAAUGACUUCUAAGCCGCUAACUCUGCUCGAUUUGCCUAUUUCAAUUGCAAAUCAAGUUCUGGAAAAACUGGAACCCGUGGAAAUACUAGCCUGCCGAAAAGUGUGUCGAAGUUUACGGAGUGCAAUUGAUAAAAGCGUUCAUUUCAACAAAAUCUCAAUUGAAUUAGAGAAUCACGACGUCUUGAUAGAUUUCGACGGAAUUGAAAUCACCUACCGUGAUGCACCUGAUGGUGAAUCAUAUGUUAUAUACAAUGGGCAAUCGAAAACCAUAAAAGGUGUACACUAUAGGAAUGCAGCUUUCAAUGACUUGAAGAUACUUCUGAAGAAUGUAUCGAAAUUAUACAUUUUGCGCAAAGAAAGGUACAGGCACAACACUGUCAACUUUCUUGUAAACGUUCUGAAAGAGGAAGUGAAUAUCCACGUGGACACUAUCACGCUGAAUCAUUUUUCAUUUGAUGAUGUCUUAUUAAUCCUCCCGUUAUUCAAUUGUAAAACAUUGAAAAAAAUCUCGUUGCGGAGAAUUUUGGAAAUUGGUCGAUUCGAGCUGAUAACUUAUCUGGAUCAAUGGAAGAACUCGAAGAUAUUCAGCUUUCGGGAUUCCUCGCUGAAUUGUGAAUAUAUCGAAUAUCUUUUUCAUUUUGAGGAGUUUUGUAUCAAUACUCAUGAUAUUCCAAUGCAAAGUGUGAUUAAAAUUCGAGAUGAUCUGCUGCAAAGAAGUACGUUCCAGAAAUGCACAUUUCUGAUUCAAAAAUUAAAUUUUAAGCCUGUUGAACUUGCAAGAGUAUUUCAACCGGACUAUGCUGGUGGUGAUGAGUUUAAGCUGGAUUAUUCGAACGACAAAUCCAAUUUUGCAAUACAUUAUGAAUAUUAUUCGUUUGACGAUGACGAUGAAUGGGAGUUUGUAAUUCAACGAGCAUCAUAAACGUUUUCGUAGUAUUUUUUGUAGUAUAUCCAUCGCUUUGGUCAGUAUCAAUGAAAUGUUUU